UCAAAGGCUUGGGAUUGUAAUAAUGAUUAUCAUGGAGUUAAAGUUAGCGCUGAAUAUAUUGGUGGACAUGCAUCAUCUAAAAUCAGCUACAAUGGUGUGUUUAUCUUACUGUAAAUUGUGAAACACUUGUCUGGUCGAUGGAGUGGUGAUGUUGAGUUGGAUUUCAAUGUUGUAUAUUCUUACUACCUGAACUUGUGUCCUCCUGGCAGACCUUGAUAAAGUUGUAUACAUGAGAGAGAAUCUGUCUGCUGCUUCUUCAAUAACUUCUUCGUCACAUUUGACUUAUCGUGUGAAAACUUCAAAUGAGCAGCCUUCAUUUCAUAGUUCUUUUAAUGCUGAUAAUGUAAGGCAAACUUUUGGAAGUGGUGGUUCCAUCUGUUCAUCUGAAAAAACAUCUGGAGGAUCUCAAGCUGCUUUGGUUAGGGGUCCUUGUGGGCAUGUUUCAAUGGCUGACAUUAUUAUGAUGGGUAGGCCACACACCUGGGGUUCAUACAUGGCAGAGGAGACAUCUAAUACACCUGAAAAUAUGGCUGCACGAGACUCAUUGUGUUGUUGUCUUAAACCUUCCCAUGAUUCUUCACCAUCUCCAGGUCCACUAGAAAUGCACCAAGAUCUGCAAUGUACACAUCCUGCUAAUGUAUCAGACACUUUUCAUCAAUCUGGCACCACUUCUAGCCAGCACAAUUAUGAUGAUGAAUGGCUUGUGAUCGAGCAACAGGCAGCUGUGAGUAGGUCAUCUAUCUUAAAUAGUUCAACUACCUCUGGCAUGGGGAUUGUCCCUAAUCAAUCUCACUUGUUUGAUGAUGGUUCAAAUUGCCUAAAAACUGCCAAUCAGAGGUCAAAGUAUCAGAGAGGAAUGUUGCUAGCAAAAAUCUUGAUUCAAAUUGUGUCGAAUUUGAUUCUGCAUCUAUUGGACAGGAAAAUACAAAUAGAGUUGGAGGUGCAUCUGACUCCAAUGAUUGUUCAUUUAAGGAUAUAAUUUCCUAUGAUUCUCGUAAGUCCCUGAAUGAACUUCUUCAUGAAGGCAACUUUCACCAUAUUUUAUUGCUUCAUGUCAUUGUGGAUUUGAACAAGAGAAUUUGAGAAAUGAAGUAAUUCUAACAAUCUUUUACAUACCUCAAAAAAUUGUUGGGUAUUAUGAGAUCUCAGACCUCAGGCAACAUGCAUCUACCAAUUUACUGAUGCAUUAAAAUAUAUCUUAAAAUAUGCUGUUGUUAUUUUCCAGGAAGAGAUUUAUGUUCUGUCAACAGCGUGUCCUUACCAUUCAUUCCUAUUUUGUUGUCCCCCAAUUUUAGGAAGAGAAAGCUGCGCUCAUUUAUCUUUUGCAAGUGGCUCUGUACCUUUGAAUGACAAAGUAUCAUCCACUGUUGCAAUCUUGCACCAGCUGAGUCCGGAGAAAGAGGCCAAAUUAGUGCCACUAUUAGAGGAUGACUGUCCAGUGGUGUUUCCAAAUGAUAUGCAAACCUUAGCUGCUGAAUGCCCACAUUUGACUUUUGGUACAUAUAAUUCUGGUGUGCAUGCUAAUAUUUCUGGGCCAUUGGCCUCUAACCCCUCAAAAACUAACUUGAAGGAGGUGUCUGCAGUGAUCGAUGGGUCAUCUUCUGUUGGCUUGGAGACUAGGCAUGAAUAUUGCAUAUAUUACACGUCUUUUUAUCAUGGCUCACAGUAUUUUGAUUUCUUCUGUGCAGAAAUUCAGGGUACUUUGGUGAGUCCCUAUGCAGUGAGCAGGUUGGACAUAUGUCUGAUACACAUCGAUCAACUGCAAAUAUUAGGAAUCAUAACUUGUCUGAAUCUUUACACCCAGAGCUGAUGAAACAAAAUAUUCAUGAAUUUAAUAGUGGGCAUGAUUUUGUGAAUAGAUUCUUUCAUUGAUUAUUGGUAUUGUCUGAAUAUGAAAUUAUCAGCAUUUUUGGGGUUAUUUGUCAACUGACAUAAUGCAGGUUCAGAUGUAGAAAGUGGUGCACAAUACUUGAAUAGGGAUAUUGUAUCACCUAAUAUGGUGCACAUUCUAUUGCAGCAAGCGAGUUCAAUUCCUGUACCAGUUGAUUUAUUGGCAUCAGCUGUUCAAUCUGUGAGAGAUUCUGAUUGUGCACUUUCAUCUAUCCCUGGAACGCGGUCAUUGACCCCAAAGUGCAGUGAUAUUGUAUCAUCUGCUGGCAAUUCAACCACUGGUGGCAGUUCUACCAUUCCCAUGACUGAGAUUCUGAGUUCUGGUGCCUUUUCCUUACCAAAGUCACGCUCAUCAACUCUGCCUGGUGCGGGCCUUAUUGCAGGUCUUAUGCUUCCUCAGCAUCUGUUGCCACAUUCUCACCUUCAGAGUACCUCUACCCUUUCCUUGGAAGAAAUUAUCAAUUUGUAUGGCUACUUUGCUGUUCCUCAAACAUAUCCCUGCACUCCAUCUGCUUUGCAGCAAGCAUAUCAAGAUAGCAGUGUAUUCCAUGAUCCCCUGGCAGGCGCGAAGUACAACCUUCAGCAAUUAAAAGGUGUUUUACCUGGAAGUAGCUUGCCUCUUUCUAGUGCAAAUAUUUCCAGUUAUGGAGGGUACCCUACCAACUUGUCUGGGAGGUUUCUAAAUGAUUUGUCGAGUACCCCUAAUGUAGUUUCCGGGAAUCCAGCCAAUUUUUCUGAGAGCUUUGUGAAUGAUUUACCCACUACCCCUAAUGGUUGUGCAGUUGGCAAUAAUGAUUUUUUACAUGCUCGGUACAAGCAGGGAAAUAAUUUUGCUAUACUUCAACAGGAUUAUGGCCCUGGUUCAAGAACCUUAUCGACCGUUCCAGACAACAGAUAUUACAACUUUCAAGGACAAGGCCAGCUGCUCUCUACUUAUCAAAAAGGUUAACAGCUCUUCCAGAAUUAUGGUGCUCUAGGUUGUAUAAACGUUAAUCAUUCUCGACAAAGAAUCUCACAAGAUGAACAGCGGAAAAGCCUUGGUGAUUUGGUUUUUAGAAGUUCUCAAGGUCCAUCGAAGCAAACACACCCAUUUUGGCAGCAUAUCUACUCAUGGUUGUAGUUGAGCAUUUCUUCAACUUCGGGUGCACAGCUGCUGAGUUUUCUUUUUUGUCCUUUUCAGUAGCUGAGUUUGAAAGAGGCAAAUUAGGUCGGUUUACAGUUUAAUUAGAAACGCAUGAUGGUUUCAAGGUUUGGCUCUGCCCGAUUGUACAUACCUAAAAGAUUAGAGACUGGCGCUGUCCCAUGCCUCAAUAUUGUAUUUUACCUUAUUUCAUUUUGUUGCAUGACUUAGAUGAGUAGCUUGCUAAAGUGAAUUCCCUCAAUUCCGCAAAGCAAUUUGAUUGGGAAAAAAAAAAGUAACUACUUACACAAUCUUCUUGGUUUUUAACUGCACUAACUCAAGUCAGCCGAUUUCUGUGGCUGUGCCCUUAUCUGAGCAUUGUAGCCAUGAAUGGUCUCUAAUUUCUUAGAAGACAUCAAGUGUUUAGGUUGGCACUGAUUAUUUAUUGUAUUCUUGAGAGAAGUAGCUGGCAUUUAAUUUGAAGUACAAUUUUGCAUUAGCAGAAUAUAUUUAUAUGAGAAAUUGGUAAAUGCCGGGAAGGCUAUUAACAUGAGGUAAAUGUCAGUUGGAAAGUAGGCAGUGGGAAUGAUGCAUUAAUUACUG